AUGAGUGCGCUUUUUGAAGAAACAAACUUCCUUAUUAUAGACUCCCAUUCCAAAGACAAUGAGAUCUCGCUCUCUACAAUCAAGGAGAUCAUUUCAAGGAACGGUGGAGAGUCCGUUCCUCUGACCCCAGAGUCGUCAUUAGAUAACAUGAGCAAGAACAAUAUUUCCCACAUAAUAGCUUGGGAUUACGACUUUAAUGGCCUUUCACGAGCUCAAGAUCUUAUGUUGCCAAUUACUUCACCACAAUGGCUUCAGGAUUCUGAGCUGGCGUCGCAAAGAAAAAACUACAGACUUUACUCUCCUCGCCCACUACCGUUUAUGGACAAAGUCGUGGUUUGCAUUGCUGAUAAUCUACCUGAAGGGGACAAGGAGAUGAUGUAUGCUGGCGUGCGAGCUUUUGGAGGCCAAUAUCUCGACUCCCUAUCCCGAUACACCACACACUUAAUAGCUAACGAUCUUUCAAACAAUAAGAGCGUCCUCGCUGCCAACAUAAAACAACGUGAGAACCUCAAAAUUCAAAUCGUCCUACCUCACUGGCUCGACGAUUGUUUCAGAGAACAGAAAUGUCUCGAUGAAAAGCCUUAUCUUCUUUCGGACCCUGUCACUCUUCGAACGGGUAAACCUAAUUUUGAAAUAAGGGGAACUGUUGCUGAUUCAAUUUUUGAUGACGAAGUGUCUUCCGCCUCUCAACUGAAUGAUGCCUCGGAUGUGCUUCAAGAGUUGUCAGGGGCAAGAAUCAGCGUCACGGGAUAUAGCGGUGAUGCAAGACACUACUUAUCACAGCUAAUCUCCAUCAUGGGUGCUCUGUUUACCAAAACUCUUGAUUCACAGAAUAAUUACUUGGUUGCCGAAAAGCAUAGAGGUGAGAAGUACAUGGCAGUAAGAAGCAGAUGGCCUGAUGUUAAAAUUGUGAACCAUCUAUGGAUCGAACAUUGUUUUGCGAAAUGGAAAUACAUCGAUCCGACGAAAAAUAUUUACCAAAAAGUAAAUGAAGAGACCCCAAAACUUGGCACGGCGAUCAUCGAUGGCUCCCUGCUCGGACUUUCCUCGAGCAAGGAGCUAUCGCUCAAUAUUGAUGAUAGCACCACUGAUGUUCUCGAUGCAAGAUCUGAGACAGGUGAGAAGCAAGAUAACAUAGCACUUUUGUCAGAUGAACAAAAUGCACCCUCUGAAGGAGGCGAGCAUUCAAUGAUACCCUCUGAAGGCGUUGAAGUCACAGGUGCUCAGUACUCAACUGCUGAAUCUGUUUCCCAAAGAGGUGAACAGCCAAAUAAAUCUUUUGGGUCUCGUUCCAGUCGAUCAGCAAAGCAAAAAGCAACCUCAAAGUUACACAGCGAUAUGGAGGAUCUCAACAACUAUACUUCAAUAUUGAAGUCAACGAGAAAAAUGAACAGCUAUAUGAAAGACUUGGAGUCAAGUAUGGAGGCUAAAAAGAAAAGGUCAGCGAGCUCCCCUGAUAAUAACUCGGAGAUUGAACAAAAUGAUAUUGGUCAAGAUAGUUCCCGAAGUGGGACGCCGUUGGCGAAAAAGAGGAAGAAAUCGGAAGCGCUUGAGCAAAUCGCGAUUAUGACUGGGUGUGAAGCUGAGCUUACGUUGAAUCGGGCAGACGUUGUGAAGCUCGUGAGAAUAGGCUUGAAAAUUGUCAACGACUACGAGAGCCAAAGAAAGGUUGACCUAUUGGUCGCCCCAAAAGUUUUAAGAACGGAAAAAUUUCUUAAAAGUCUAUCACAGUGUAACAAGAUCGUUCAUCCACAUUAUCUUUCAGAUUUAUUGAGUUCAAUUCAAAUGAACCCUGAUAAAUCACCAGAGGAGAUUCUAGCCUUGCAUCUGAUCGAGAAGUAUUAUUUGGACGCCGUCGUACCUGUGAAACAGAUUAAUGAAGACUUGGGUGUAAGCGCAAAAGAGAGUGGUCUCACGCGUUUACUCAACUCUUCAAACAAGGGCUCUGUCUUUCAAGGUUUGAAGUUGAAUCUAUCUGCCAAUUUGAAUGGUGGUCCAGAUUUGAUAGCGAGCAUCUUAAAGGAACAUGGAGUUCAGCAGACUAAGAAAGUAAAGGUCUCCAUGAAUGUCAAGAAAAGCAGUUUGCUAGCAAACGCCAAUGGCAAAGUCAUUUUGAUUGCACAUAAAGAAAAGGAUAAGAGAUCUUCAAGGACGCUCAACGCUGAGGGAGUCAUCAUCGUUGAGUGGGAUUGGUGUGUCAAGUCUAUUUUCAAACUGAAAUUGGAUGAAUACCCUGACUACGCAUUAUCCUUCGAUUGA